AUGGACCGAAGUUGGAUAAAAUCUAAACGAACAACCGAAGAAUAUGAGAGAGGAGUGGAACAAUUUAUUGAGUUUGCUACGAGGAAUGUAGCAAAUAAUAAUGGAAGAUUUUAUUGUCCAUGUGUGAAUUGCUUGAACGAGCGGAGACUACCCACUGCAGUAAUACGAGAGCAUGUUUUGUGUGAUGGGUUCCUAAGGAGCUACACCAAGUGGACAUGGCAUGGUGAAUUAGUAGAAGUGCCAAUAGCACAUGUGUCUCAAACUGAAGCAGAAGAAGUGGAUUUGGUUAUGGAAGAUGGUUUGGAGCAAAUGAUUCGUGAUGUUGGAGAUGAUGUCAUUGCACGAUCACAUAUGUAUCAAACUUUGUGUAGUGAUGCAAAAAUGCCUUUGUAUUCAGGGUGCAUUAAGUACACUAAAUUGUCGGCAAUAUUAAAACUAUUUAAUGUGAAGGCAAGAAAUGGGUGGAGUGAUAAGAGUUUCACCGAAUUGCUUGAGAAGGAAUAUGAAAAGUUACAUCACUGUCCACAUUGUGGGUUAUCAAGAUACAAGCAAAAAGAUGGUGACUUCGAAGAUGAUGUGAGGAAGGGUGUUCCAGCAAAGGUGUUGUGGUAUCUUCCCAUAAUUCCAAGGUUUAAAAGAUUAUUUGCUAAUGUCAAAGAUGCAAAACUCAUUAGAUGGCAUGUAGAUGAACGUAAAAGAGAUGGUCAAAUAAGACAUCCAGCUGAUUGUAGUCAAUGGCAGACAAUAGAUUCAAUGUUUCCAUAUUUUGGAAAUGAUCCAAGAAACCUUAGACUUGGACUUGCUACAGAUGGAAUGAACCCGUACGGUAACUUGAGUAGUAGACAUAGCUCAUGGCCUGUCAUGUUAGUGAUCUACAACUUACCGCCUUGGUUGUGCAUGAAACGUAAAUACGUCAUGUUAUCUUUAAUGGUUUCUGGUCCACGACAACCAGGAAACGACAUUGAUGUUUAUUUAAGCCCGCUAGUUGAAGAUUUGAAAAUGUUGUGGGAGGAAGGCGUUGAUGUGUUCGACGGGUACGCAGGCUCCACUUUUAAGUUGCAUGCCAUGUUAUUUUGUACAAUCAAUGACUUUCCAGCAUAUGGUAAUUUGAGUGGGUAUAGCACAAAGGGUCAUAAAGCAUGCCCUAUAUGUGAAGAAGGCACAUGUCACCAUCAACUUAAGCAUGGAAAGAAAACGGUUUACAUUGGACAUCGAAGAUUUCUUAGUGCAAACCAUCCUUUUCGUAAAUUAAAAAAAGCAUUUAAUGGAUGUCAAGAAAAUGAAAUAGCUCCAACGCCUUUAAGUGGAUUAGAAGUAUAUGAACGUGUAAAGGACAUAAAUGUUGUGCUUGGCAAGACAAAAAAGCAAGCCACAACUACAAACAUAUGGAAGAAAAGAUCAAUCUUCUUUGAUCUCCCAUAUUGGAGGAUGCUUGAUGUGAGACAUUGUAUAGAUGUCAUGCAUGUAGAGAAAAAUGUGUGUGAUAGUAUUAUUGGAACACUCCUUAAUAUUCAAGGCAAGACAAAAGAUGGUAUGAAGAGUCGCUUGGACUUGGUUGAAAUGGGAAUAAGAGAACAAUUAGCUCCACAAUCUCAUGGCAAACGAACAUACUUGCCUCCAGCAUGUCACACAUUAUCUAAACAAGAAAAGAGAAGUUUCUGUGAGUUUUUACAUGGUGUGAAAGUUCCGUAUGGUUACUCUUCCAAUGUGAAACGACUUGUAUCUAUGAAGGAUUUAAAAUUACUUGGGUUAAAAUCUCAUGAUUGUCAUGUUUUAAUGCAACAACUCCUACCAGUGGCGAUUCGAGGAAUAUUGCCUAAGAAUAUUAGAUAUGCAUUAACUAGAUUAUGCUUCUUUUUUAAUGCCAUUUGUAGUAAAGUUUUUGAGCCUGCAUGGUUGGACUAUUUGGAGAAUGAGGCUAAAGUUAUAUUAUGUGAGUUGGAAAUGUAUUUCCCUCCAUCAUUUUUUGAUAUCAUGGUUCACUUGAUUGUACAUUUAGUAAGGGAAAUUAGACUUUGUGGACCUGUGUUCUUGCGAUGGAUGUACCCAAUUGAGCGAUACAUGAAGAUAUUGAAAGGGUACGUCAAGAACCAAUAUCGUCCUGAAGCAUCAAUUGUUGAAAGAUAUAUUGCAGAGGAAGCUAUUGAGUUUUGUACAGAAUACAUAUUAGAAAUUGAAGCUAUAGGGGUACCUAAAACUCGCCACCAUGGAAGAAUUGCUGGUAAAGGUACUCGAAGUGCAAAAGUGGUGACAUUGGCACGACAUGAAGUUAUCCAAGCACAUUUUUAUAUCUUGAAUAACACUGACAUUGUCCAACCCUACCUAAGUGCUCACAAAGACAUUGUAAAGAGAGAUAAUCCACGGAUGCCUGAGAAGUGGUUGAUUAAUGAGCAUAACAAGACUUUCUUAAGGUGGUUCAAAGAAAAAGUUCAAAUUGAUAAUACAAGUUGUGAUACAUUGAAAUGGUUAGCAUGUGAGCCAAACUUUGAUGUCAUAUGUUGGAGUGGAUAUGAUAUUAAUAAUUGUUCAUUUUAUACAAAAUCUGAAGAUGAUAAAAGUACUAUGCAAAAUAGUGGAGUUAUGGUUGUGGCUGAAUCAAUGCAUUUUUCUAGCUCAAAGGAUAAACAUCCUAUUAUGGCUUCAAUGUGUUACUUUGGUGUAAUUGAAGAUAUAUGGAUGAUUGAUUAUACAAGUUUUAGAGUUCCUGUUUUUAAAUGUAAAUGGGUUGAUAGUAAUAAUGGUGUUAAAACUGAUGAUUUGGGUUUUACCUUAGUUGAUUUACAUAAGGCCAAAUAUACUGAUGAGCCAUUCAUCAUGGCAUCUCAAGCAAAACAAGUUUUUUAUGUCAAUGAUCCUUCUAACAAAAGAUGGUCAAUUGUGCUCCAAGGAAGAACUACACAUGGUAGUCAUCCAAAUGACGGUUCAACACUUGAUAUUUAUGAGACACCAUCUUUCUCCACAAAUAUACCAACAUUGGAUGUUGAUACCGAAGUUGAUGAUGUCCAUGCCACACGUGAUGACCAUCAUGAAGGGUUAUGGGAGAAUAUUCCAACAUAG